AACUGCACACUCCACACGUCUUUCCCUAUCUGUGUGUAUUCUUAUCUCGCUAUUCUAUUUCCCCCCUCAUUUGCAUUAACCCUUUCUCGCCUUUUUUGAACCUCCAGGACUUCUCAGCAGUGGUGGGAGACAACGUUCCCCAGCAAAAAGCCAAGAGAGUAAGAAACAAGCCACACUUCUCCUCGGGGAGGCUGAUAGGAGUUUAAAAAAAGGUUUGUUGUGCCGAGAGUGUCACCAACAUUCCCAACACCAUCACCCACCCUUUUCUUCCACCUCUACCCACUGGAGACCCCUUAGACACCUCAGCGGAGGCGACACCACGGGAAUUCAGGAAGCCAUGCGUCAUGCCAUCGGGAGACAACUGCAGACGUUAAAUUCUGCUCACCAUGCGGAUGCGGCAGAGAAAUGACCUGUCCAGACAAGCCGGGGCGGCUCCUGAACUGGUUCCUCUGCUCCCUGUGCGUCCCGAGAGUGUGCAAGCUCUGGAGCAGCCGGCGCCCGCGCACCCGGAGGAACCUCCUGCUGGGCACGGCCUGCGCCAUCUACCUGGGCUUCCUGGUGAGCCAGGUGGGGCGCGCCUCGCUCCGGCACCGCCCGGCCGCCGGAAAGGGGCCGCACCAGCGCCCAGACACCGCCGAAGCGCCCUUCCCUGAGAUCCCCUUGGAUGGUACCCUGGCCCCUCCCGAGGCCCAGGACAACGGGACCACCCUGCUGCCCAAUGUGGUGUACAUCACCCUACGCUCCAAGCGAAGCAAGCCCGCCAACAUCCGCGGCACGGUGAAACCCAAGCGCAGGAAGAAGUAUGCCUGGGCAUCCCCGGCCCCAGUCCUGGAGGCUUUGGGGGGACCAUCCCUUCAGCCGCAGCAGGGGGCAGCAGGGGCAGCGGAUGCUGAAGUGCCUGGGUAUGUCCAGAGAGGAAACCUGGCCAACGUUGGGGAAAGUUCCUGGAGAUUGGUACGGGGUCCAGGAGCACGCGUUGGGGGUUCAGAUGUCCAGCUGGCCCAGGCCCCGGAGAGCAACAUCAGGAUCUACAGUGAGAGCGCCCCCUCGUGGCUAAGCAAAGAAGACAUCCGCAGAAUGCGCCUGCUGGCAGAUGGUGCAGUGUUGGGCUUCCAGCCCGUGUCCUCCAAGAGCCAAGCGCGUUUGCUGGUGCUGGAGGGGAGCUCCGCUGGCUCCGUGCCUGGCUGUGGCUCUAGCCCCUGCGGGCUGGUCAAGCAGCCCUUAGACAUGAGCGAAGUGUUUGCCUUCCACCUGGACAGGAUCCUGGGACUCAACAGGACCCUGCCUUCCGUGAGCAGGAGAGCGGAGUUCACCCAAGAUGGCCGCCCCUGUCCUGUUAUUCUCUGGGAUCCAUCUUUAUCUCCAACAAGUAAUGAGACUCACUCUUCUGUGAAGCUCACGUGGGGAGCUUACCAGCGGCUGCUCAAGCAGAAGUGCUGGCAGAACGGCCGCACACCCAGACCCGAGUGGGGCUGUACUGCGGUGCAUCACCACGAGUGGUCCAAGAUGGCCCUCUUCGACUUCCUGCUACAGAUUUAUAAUCGCCUAGAUACAAAUUGCUGUGGAUUCAAACCUCGAAAGGAAGAUACCUGCGUACAGAAUGGACUGAGGCCAAGAUGUGACGACCAAGAUUCUGUGGCUCUCGCACACAUUAUCCAGCGGAAGCAUGACCCAAGGCAUUUGGUCUUUAUAGACAACAAGGGUUUCUUUGACAGAAGCGAAGAUAACCUAAACUUCAAAUUGUUAGAAGGCAUCAAAGAGUUUCCUGAAUCUGCAGUGUCUGUUUUGAAGAGCCAGCACUUACGGCAGAAACUCCUUCAAUCACUGUUUCUUGACAAAGUUUAUUGGGAGAGUCAAGGAGGUAGACAAGGAAUUGAAAAGCUUAUUGAUGUAAUAGAACAAAGAGCCAAAAUCCUUCUCACCUACAUCAAUGCACAUGGGGCUAAAGUAUUGCCUAUGAAUGAAUAACAAAAGGGUCUUCUGGCUAGAGGACUGGAUACAUUUAUGCAUUUUUAUUUCUAAAUCAAGUAUUCAAACUUCAACUCCUCUUAGGAAUGAGAUAGAGUAGCUAAAUACAUAAAAUAAAUGAAUUUAACCAAGUAUAUAUGGUGGGCCUGCAUGCCAUAAGCAGACUUAUAAAGCUUUAAAAAAUAUUCUCCUCAAAAAUGUUUAUAUUUUCACUGCCAUUGUCAUGUGAUUUCCAACAUCUGAUUACAAAAUGGUUGCAAUUAUUAUGACAUUAAGUUUGGUUAAAACAUUUGUCAUAUUGUUGAAUAGAACAGUAUAAGCUGACUCCUUUAAGAAAUAUUUUGUGCCAUUUUCAACUGGUCUGACCAAAUACUAGUGGGAAUGAACCUUGAAUAUUUUUGUUGCUGAUUGCUAAAACAGAAGUCCCAGCACUUAUCCAGGGGCACCGCUAAACUGGAAAACCGAGGCACAUGAUCUACAAAUACAUCAGUGCCUUCAAUAAUUCUAAAUAGAAAUGGUAAGUUAUUUGCAAAACUACCAGUUUAUAUUCUAUUGUAUCUAUAAAUAAUUAGUUGUUUCUGUGAUUCUGAGCAGUAAGAAUCACAUUUUUCAUUCCCUUUUAGAAAUUGUUGUCAGUGUAGAAAUUUAUCCAUAUCUGACAAUUUAUACAUUAGAUAGUUUUGCCCUCUCAAUUUUGGUCCUAUUUAUGUCUAGUCUAGUGGCUUAUAAGUUAAAUAAUUUUAAGGUUUGAUGUUACCUACUUGAAACUGUACUUAUGGAGUAUUCCCCUCCACUUGUUUUUUAAAAAGAUGUUAUUUAAAAACAUUUGUAAUUUCUACAAAGUUUAUAUAUAAUUUCUGUAUUUUCAUUAAUAAUAGAUUUCUUCAAAUUGGUUUGGUAUAAUUACAUUUAAACUGAUUUGCUUAAUAUUACCCAGAUGUUGACAAUAGGAUCAGAUAUUGACUAUGUUUAAAUAUAGUUUGGCUUAUUCUAAUAUAAGAAAUAUGAACAAAAUAAAUUAAAACUUGAUUCUGGUAAUUGAUCCUCAAAGAAAGCACAUGACUAGAACUAAAACAGCAUAUUUGGAUAUUAUUAAGCCUUAAAGAAUUCUUCCCAAACUCUACCAACUUUUUAAUUAGGUGGAAGAGUGUGGCAUGUGGUGUUCAUGUGUUGGGUCUUUAUAUCCUUGGAAGAUACUCACAUUGUUAUGUAAGACAAAUGUUCAUAAAGAGGUUUCAGACUUUGAACAAGUCAUUAUUACCUUCUCGUCCCACAUACCUCACCCCUUAUUUAAAAGCUGAUGUACUGACUUUUCCUUUCCCUGAAAGUUUUAAAAUGCAGUUUAAUGAUGUUUUAAAUAAUAAUAAAUUUAAGAAUGUUUUUGAUAACAAUGAGAACAUAUCUAUAGAUUCUAAUUCAUACAAAAGUACAGGGUCAAAAUAGUAAAAUAACAUGUUAAGUACAGACGAUAGAACAAGGAGAAAGGAAUCAUUUUAGCAUCUAAUUAUAGCUGUUUUAGGCUCAUAUUCAAGUACUGCUAUUUAGCACCCUUAUUUGCUGGGCUUCCAUUUGGCGAAUUGUCUUCGGACCAUUAUCCUAUCUGAUUGUCCCUGUACAGCCCUGAGUCUCUUCCUCUGGCCUCACAUAUUCAGAGGGCUCUUUAGUUCUGCUGAGUCUUCACUUUUACCUGUUGUAAUUGGCCUUUUAUAUUUGACCUUUUAAAAAAUUUACAUUUUUAUUAAUUUCAGAGAGGAAAGGAGGCGGGUGGGGGUGUGGGGGGGGUGAGAAACAUCAAUGAUUAUAGAGAAUCAUUGAUUGGCUGCCUCCUGCACAACCCCAAUGGGGAUUGAGCUCACAACCUGGGCAUGUGCCCUUGACCAGAAUUAAACCCAGGACCCUUCAGUCCGAAGGCCUAUGCUCGAUCCACAGAGCCAAAUAAACUAGGGCUAUUUGGCCUUUUUAAGAUUGCUUUUUCUUCUUCUUCUAAUCAAUCAUUAUAUUAAUGAAAAAUUGACCAAACAAAAGUUUGAGGACCUAGGUUCUGUGUUGAGCCACUGACUUGAAAUAACUCUGUCAAGUUGCCUUACACCUUGUCUUAUCAAAGUGGCAUAUUUGCAUCUUAAUAUGCUUUUUACGAAAUAUACCAUCUUCAUCAAAGCUGUGAUAUUGGUGGCGGGAAUUCCAGCCUUCUUAGAAGUGAACUUUAAUUUUGUGUCUCAAGCUGCUGCUUUUGGGCAGCUUGGUCUUCUCAAACAUGUGGGUCUGGCUUUGUUUAUUAUGCCUUCAUUUAUUCUGAGAUGCUAAUAUUAAACAAAAAGUCCAGGGACACGUUAGUUUUAGUCACCUUUGCUUUUUUAACAGUAUAUUUUGUCUUAUAAUCAGUGAAUAAUUCAUGCUGUAUUAUUUUUGAAUAAUGGAUAGUGGAAGACUAGGCUUUUAAUUCUAAUAAGUAAUGCUCUUCAUUUCUCUUACUGAAACAAUGAAGAUACUCUGUGCCUUUCAAAUAUACUCAGAUUAUGCUGUGGUUUGGUUCUCAUAAGCACAUUAUGUAGUUUAUUUAUAACUUGAUAAUUUUAAAACAGAACAAUUUGCCUUGGCAGACAUACAAAAGCUCUUCUGAGUGGUUUGUUUUCUUUAAGUUGGUGAUCUGAAAAUAACUGUUGUCUUAAAAAUCUGUAAUAAAAUAUUAGAAAUUAAAAAUGUAUGCUUUUUCUUUUUGUA